UCCAAUGUAGUGCUUGCAGACUGCGAGUGCGGAUACUCACUAAACAGUACCAGCGAUCCUGAGUUUGCCGUGUUCACCGAUCUCAUGGAGAAUGACUUCCUCCACACUGUCGUAGAAAACUUGACAACGAUCGGAUGGCAACCGCAAGUAUACCAGAUGGACGUUGGAGAGGCACGAGGGAGCUACGGAAAGAACUUCACCCUCAACAACGUCGAGGCGAAUCCUUUGAAGAACAAGUUUGACUGGUCCGGCGAGGCGGAGAAUGGAGGCGAUGCAGGCAUGCGACUGUGGGCUCGAAACGACUACUCCUCAGGUUACUUGGGCGCCGCGGAGGUUGUUUCCGUCCGAAAUGAUCAGAGAUAUGGUAGCUUCCGAGCCAGCAUGAAACUUGCAACGGCAGACUCGGGAACCUGUGGAGGAUUCUUCUGGUUCUUCAACGAUUCUCAAGAGAUCGACAUGGAAUUCCUAUCGAGAGAAUUCAAUCAAUCAGAAGGCGCUGUCAAUCUCGUGCUCCAUACGAUAGAGUCGGUCGCAGACGGGUACGACGCCUCGGGAACCCCCCAAUAUAAAGUUGCGCAUCUACCAUUUCGACCAGACGAUAAGUACCACGAAUACCGAUUCGAUUGGGUCCCGGGAAGAGUUGUCUUCUAUAUUGAUGGCGAGUUCCUCUGGAAGAUGGAGGGCCACGGUGUUCCAGAGACUCCUGGUCGUUUGUACCUCAAUCACUGGAGUAACGGGGAUGCAAGGUGGUCUGGAGGCCCACCACCCCGAGACGAAUCCAUGACGAUUUCCUAUAUCAAGGCUUACUUCAACUCUACCGACGAGGAACGUAACGAUAAGUACAAAGAGCGCUGUGAGAGCUUCAACGCCAGCCAAGUGUGCACUAUUCCCGAGCAAAUGGGAGCUCCUGAUUUAGGAGGAGACAGCGGCAAUCAGACUGCAAGGACCUACUUCUUCACCCAAGAGAAAGACAAAGCUCCAGGCCAGAUUAUCGCUCAUACUAACAACAACCCCUACAGCGGCGCGGCCAGGCCGUCUACUACAAUAUUCGCGUCAGUAAUGGUUGUCCUGUUCAGCUGCUUUCUGGUACUGUAG